AUGGCGAUCCCUUCUGGUUCGCGCUCCGUGCGACGGAGGUCUUUGACCUUCGUGCUUGCACUCGCCCUCGUGUGGCUUGCCAUCGCACUGCGCUGCACAGAAUCCUCACAAUCGUUCGUGAGUCCAUAUCAUGGCCAAGCCGGUUUGCCCCUGCGCAGCCGCGUCCGCAUGGCCACCGCCACAGGCUUCAAAGAGGACGAGGAUGAAGAUCAGAGUGGCAAGCAGAGUGAUGACUACCCAGAGUUGUCGGCUGAGGCAUUGGGCCGUGAGCCUGGUACUUGCGAUCCCUUUGAUCCCAAGAGUGCCGAGUACUGUUCUCCAACUGAGCCAGAGUCCUCACCACUGAUUUCGAAGCGAACGCUCAAGCUGGGAGCCCUCUUUGUGCUCUGGUAUGCACUCAACAUCGGCUACAACAUUGGUAACAAACUCGUCCUUACGGCUCUUCCGACUCCAUGGUCUUCCGCAACUUGGGAGCUGUUCUUUGGGCUGCCGUACGUCGGCUUCCUUUGGUUGACCGGGCUCCGAAAGAGGCCGGAACUGACCUGGAGCGGUCUCAAGCUCCUCAUACCGCCGGCUUUCUUCCUGGCAUGCACCCAUGUCUUCGGUGUCAUCUCAUUCGGGGCUGGUGCAAUUUCCUUUACGCAUGUAUGCAAGGCCACAGAACCGGUGUGGACAGCAUUGAUCUCAGCCUUAUUCUUCCGCGAGUUCCUGCCAGUGCCUGUCUACCUGAGCCUCAUCCCGAUCAUCUUCGGAGUUUCACUGGCAUCCGCCCAUGAGCUCUCCUUUACCUGGAUCAGCUUCAUCGCCGCCACUGGCAGCGCGGUGACCUCUGCCAGCAAAGCCAUCCUUGGAAAGAAGGUGUUGGAUGGAAAGUCCUUAGGAAAGAACCUCACGCCGGGUAACAUGUUUGCCGUCCUCACUAUCCUGGGUUGCUUCAUGAUUCUUCCAGCCUCCAUGCUCAUCGAGGGACCCUCGAAAUUCACAGCUGCCUGGGCCCAUGCGCGGGCAACGGGUUACACGGCUCAGAGGCUUUGGAUCCUGCUCUCCGUUUCCGGCUUCCUCUACUACACCUACAAUGAGGUGGCUUUUUUGGCCUUGAAGGAGGUUGCCCCGGUCACGCAUGCUGUGACCAACACGGUUAAGCGAGUCGUCAUCAUCAUCGCCUCAGUCAUCGUUUUCAGAAACCCUAUAUCACCGCUCGGAGCUCUUGGUUCCAGCCUGGCCAUCAUCGGCGCGCACGACAUCAUGUCGCAGCCCACCGCCCUCGCCAUCGACGCCAUGGAGCGUGGUGAGCGGGGUAAGGGGCGAGGUGCUCGCGGAAGUGGGAGGGGCGGCUCAAAGAGCUCCGGCGACGGGAGCUGGACAUGGGGCGCCGUCAGUGCCCUCUCCCGAGGCUCUACCUCUGCCCACUGGGGCCACGACACCAGGCACGUCCUGAAAUCUGAUUCCGCCUUGAAGUCGCGCCGCGGUGGCAAAGGCAAGGGCGAGGGCAAGGGCAAGUAUGGCAAGGAGUGGCGGCCCCGAGGAAAGCCCGCAGUUGUGCGGGUGGAUGCCGAUGCCAUCGGCCGGCAUUGCGAGAUCACUGGUGCCCACGGAUCCUCGAUACAAGCCAUGGCCAUGAGCGAGCAGGGGAUCUACACUGUCAGCCAGGACAAAACGAUGAAACGUUGGAAGCCAAAGAUGAGCUCCCCGGGCAAGUACGAACUCGAGGCUGAGCUGCAGGUGAAGCUCAAGGAGUCCGCCACAUCGUUACUCUUCAGCGGCGGCUGGCUCUUUUGUGGCCUUUGGGAUGGGCAGGUACAGGCUUUCGCCCAGGAUGGCACAGAAGCGAUCCUCCAAGGCCACUCCAAGCGGGUCACAACUCUGGCUGUACAUCAGGGUGUGCUCAUGUCGGGAAGUUACGAUCGAGAAGUACGGCUGUGGCAAAUGGACCCAGCGACCAAGAAGUUCAAUUGCACCCACACGCUCGAAGAGAGCUUGCCUGGUUCCAUCAGCAAACUCCACGUGCUUGGAAGCUUCCUUUUCGUCGGAGGUCAAUAUGGCCUGGCGAUGCUGGACUUGGCCACGCUGAAGGUCACAAAGCUCUUGCCACCCACAAAGGCAGUCGUGGACAUGCUGGAGUUUCAAGGCCACAUCAUCGUGGCUUAUGCAGAAGGCAACUUGAAGAUCUUCGAUGGCGAGGGGAACUUGAAGUCUGAGACAGCCGCACUGGAAGCGGGACCCAUCCUGCGCCUCGCAGGUUUGGAGUCCGGGCCACGCGUGCUGUGCGCCCAUGCUCGUGGACAGGUCAGCACCAUCGUGUUGCCAACCUUUGAGUUCAAGACAGAGUUCCAAGCUUUGCCAGGUCAGAAGAUUGACAGUCUACUUUGCGCCGGGCAUGACGGGAUUUUCCUCAUCGGCUCUCAGGAUGGCACCUUGCAGCUGUGGCAGCGAGUGGAAGGUGGACUGCCAGGUUGA